GGGAGGCGGCCCGUGAGGAGGGGGGUCUGCGCUGUGGGGAGGAGCCGAGGCUUGUGGGCCACCAUGGGCGGCUGAGCGGUGCCCAGUCCAGAGGCGGCCCGUGCCGGCGGCCAUGGCCGAGGACUACUGGGACUCCCUAACACCCGCUGCCGCCGCCGCCUCCAAGUGACUCCAGCCAUUCCUCCACCAUGGAUCGGAUGAAGAAGAUCAAGAGGCAGCUGUCUAUGACGCUGAGGGGGAGCCGGACGGUGGAGAAGAACCUCAACGAACCCAUCAAUAUAGAGGAGAACAACAGCAGCGAUAAUGGCCCCACAGUGAAGAGUGUGCGUCCUAGCACCUCCCGCAGCGUUCACGCCUUCCUGCAUCACUACGCAGGCUCCUUCCGCAGGCCCCGCCUGGCCGUCACCCGCAGCCUGAGCGCUCACCUGAACCGCACCGCCCGACUAGAAAUCGUCCAAGAAGACCUCAAGAUGGGUUCAGAUGGUGAGAGCGAUCAGGCAUCGGGGACAUCAUCGGAUGAGGUGCAGUCUCCAGUCCGAGUGCGUAUGCGCAACAACCCAACACGCAAGAUCUCCACUGAGGACAUAAACAAGCGCUUGUCACUCCCAGCUGACAUCCGUUUGCCUGAAGGCUACCUGGAGAAGUUAACUCUCAACAGCCCUCUCUUUGACAAGCCUUUGAGCAGACGGUUACGGAGGGUCUCUUUGUCAGAGAUCGGUUUUGGGAAGUUGGAGACGUACGUGAAGCUGGACAAGCUGGGAGAGGGAACGUAUGCCACUGUCUACAAGGGAAAGAGCAAGCUCACCGACAACCUGGUGGCCUUGAAGGAAAUCCGUCUUGAGCAUGAAGAAGGCGCCCCUUGCACAGCAAUCCGGGAAGUUUCACUUCUAAAAGACUUGAAACAUGCCAACAUUGUGACCCUGCAUGAUAUCAUCCAUACAGAGAAAUCCCUCACACUUGUCUUCGAGUAUUUAGAUAAAGACCUGAAACAGUAUCUAGAUGACUGUGGCAAUGUAAUAAAUAUGCACAAUGUGAAGUUGUUCCUGUUCCAGCUUCUGCGUGGCCUGGCCUACUGCCACCGCCAGAAGGUGCUGCAUCGAGACCUCAAGCCCCAGAACUUGCUCAUUAAUGAGAGAGGGGAGCUCAAACUAGCAGAUUUUGGAUUGGCCCGGGCAAAAUCCAUUCCCACCAAAACUUACUCCAAUGAGGUAGUAACACUGUGGUAUCGGCCGCCUGAUAUCCUGCUGGGCUCCACUGAGUACUCUACGCAGAUUGACAUGUGGGGUGUGGGCUGUAUCUUCUAUGAGAUGUCCACAGGACGACCGCUCUUCCCAGGCUCCACAGUUGAGGAGCAACUGCACUUCAUUUUUCGGAUAUUAGGGACUCCCAACGAAGAGACGUGGCCUGGAAUCUUGUCCAAUGAAGAAUUCCGAGCCUAUAAUUAUCCCAAAUACCGUCCUGAGGCCCUGAUUAACCAUGCCCCUAGGUUGGACAACGACGGGGUGGACCUCCUAGGGAAGCUGCUGCAGUUUGAAGGGAGGAAGCGGAUUUCUGCAGAUGAAGCCAUGCGGCACCAGUUCUUCCACAGUCUUGGAGAGCGAGUCCUCAAACUCCCGGACACAACGUCAAUAUUUGCACUAAAGGAGAUUCAGUUACAGAAAGAGACAGGGCUGAGAUCGGCCUCCCUUCCUGAAUCUGGCAGCGCCGCUUUCCGGGUAGUGGAUACUGAAUUUUAGCCACCAGUGAAUGGACAGAAUGGACGACCGAGCCUGCUGCUUUGAAGCCCACCGAUCUGGGUUCUCACGGAAAGGGGGCAGAAGAGAAACCAGCUCCCCACCACCACACUGCAGGCAUCCCAACUGGUGGGCGACUCCUUUGUCUUGAACUGCGGAGUGUGGACACGUGCUGGGAUUUUCUUACAGGGCUGAGGGAGGAGGUCACUGCGCCCCAGUCCAAGGCUAAGCAUGACCUGCUUCCGGUGCAGAUGCCCUCGGCUGCUGGGAUGAACUCUCCUUUUUCACACUCUCUCUCACACACAAACACGGUGUUUUGUUUUAUUUUUUUAAGUUUUAUUUUUUCAAUGCAAUAUUAUAAAUAUUAUAUUUGCAAAUAUCUAUAAAGAGAGACAUCCGCUGCCCUAGCCUCUCCUGGUGUGGGGAGUGUACAGUAUUAACUACAAGGGAGCAGACCCCCACUCCCACUCCAAAUGGGGAAAAAAGAAGAGAGAAACACGAAGAGAAAGGAGAAGAAGCCCAGGGGCCAUUAUACCUUUAGGUUUGUCAUCCUCUGCCUUCUGUAUGUCUAGAGACACUGGGGUUUUCUGGGAAUUUUGGAAGAUGGUGAAUCUUUAUUUCAUAUGGAAUCUCCAUUCCCCUCACCCUUAUUAGAACUGUCUUUCCAUGAACCUGGGAUGCAGUUCCCGUGAUGCAGAUGCUUGUUUAGGAGGCUUGGGAUUAGGCCGGUGCAUCAUGAGAGGACUCCCUUGAGUCUUCUGGAAAUGUGUUCCUGCCCAUUUCUUCCUCCGCUGUUGGGUCCUUCGUUCAGGUGACUUUACUGCUACUGACUGUCCUGCUUCCUAGACUGCUUCAGGUCAGGUGGACAGCCCUCCUUCCAGUUUUCUCUUUGCGCCAAAGCGGAGGCCCUCAUUUCUGUCUCUCACGUGUGUCUUCCAUAGGUCCUGAUCUACACCUCGCUUGGGCUCUUCUCACACAUUUGGUUGGCACUGUCCAUUUCAACUGAGUUCAUCCCAUUGAACAGCCAUGUCUCUUGCAUUACUUGUUUAGCACUCAGGGUUUGCACUAAUGAUUCUUUUGCCUCCAUAGGGAAUGUUCACACGGCCCCCAUGUGGGAUUUGUGUGGAAGACGUUCCUAGCAGCUCAUGCCUUGUUCCCCUUCCCAUACCUUUCAUCUUUAGAAUCAUUUUCGAUGGUACUCACCCCAGCCUUUCUCUGGCAUUUCCUGAACUCUUACUUGGUCUUCAUACAUAUACUCACCUUGCAUGUGUCUUGGUCCUUGUUCCAGCGUUCCUUCUACUUCUACACUGGCCCUUUUGCAGUGUUACCACCUUGACCUUCCCUAUGAUAAUUUUGCUUUGCUGCCUGUCAGGAAGACCAAGUCUUUUCACCCAUAUUCUUUCCUGGAUCAAAAGUAAACCAACAUCCUUUGUGAAGAUUAUCCUCAGGGUAAUCCUGACCCUUACUCUCCAUAUCAGUUCUGAAAGUCUUCUCUGCCCUCUGCCCUGUUGCUGCGUCUUUAUAUUUAAAAGACUUCUUCCAUAUUUGCAACCUGUAAGUCACUAGCUCCUUAAAAUUAAUCCCAUUAGCCUUCAGGCCUACUUUUUCCAGAGCAAACAUUGUCCAAAUGGAAUUGGACUACAGUUCUAUCUCCACAGCUAUGGAGGCCAAUGAACGUUGAUAACUGUAGUCCAACCCCCUCCCCCCGUCUAGAGAGUGCAUUAUUUUGGGGACAUUUGAUUUGUAGAUAUACAGAUCUUCAAAUAAUUUGUCUCCCUUUCGUUCUGUGUUUACUCCCGAGAGGUUCCUGAAGUGAAUUACUCACAGACCUUGUCCCUAGCUUUGCCUACCAAGGACCCAGCAUUGUUCCUUUCAGCUCAGAUACCUGGGUAUGUGGAACUGAAUGAUGUGAAUCCAGAUCCUAGCCUUUUCCCUCAUGUGUAUAGUCAAGAUGGCACCCAACCUUCCUCCCUUUGAUGACAACCCAUAUAUAUAUACAUAUAUAUAUAUAUAUAUAUAAUUAUAUAUAUACAUACAUAUACAGUGUGUUUGUGUGUAUAUAUGUAGAUAUGUAACCAUUUUUAUAUGCAGCAUGAUGCCCUUGUAAGGUAAAAAAAAAAGCCCCUCCACCCCAAUCCUAAUAAGAGCCAUAAUACUAUUGUUGUUAUUAUUGUUAUUACUGAUUACCCUCAGGCAACAUAUAGGACUUUUGACUGUGCCUCCUCGAUAGAGGACAUACAGAAACAUAGCCCGACUUGUUUCUGGAAUACAAAGAAUUAGCAGCGCAGGGUUCAGCUUGGGCAGUGGAGAAAUCUGAGGCAAAUCUCGGCACCUGAACUGAUAGCCACGAUGAAUUAGCUGAGAAGAACCAAUGCUCAGGGGAUAAAAGAGGGUUGUGUUUACAAAAGGGUACUAAUAAGAUGGAGACGCCAGGCUUUCCCCCUCCAUGCAGUAGACAGCCAGAAAAUGAUCUCUUUUGCCUAAUAAUCUGCCUGCAUGACCCCAGUCCCUGCCUGAUCUGCUCUAAACUCUGGCCUUCCAAUUGCUUCCUUUCUGUCUACUCUCUCGGUUGCACCUUAAGACUUGAAGAGCUUGUGUAAGGGGGGUGGGUGUCGGUUUUUUGAUCCCAUCCAGUCACCACUGUAUCUUCCUGCCAAGAACUGUCUUUUUAGGAGCUUUGGACUUAGUGUGCUAAUGCAAAAAGUCUCCCAGCCUCACAUCUUAAAGGCCAUUCAGUUGCUGAGAUAUCAACUAUACUUCCAACAGGAGUUUGCCAUGAGUAGAAUACAUCUUUCUAUUGCUCCUUCUGCACCCUGUUAUGCAGACAUAAAGUUUAGUCUGAUUUAAUUUUGCAGUAACUGUGGUUUGUGGCCUUCACUCUGAUUAAGGUUUAAAGUGUAAAAGUGAAGGCAUAGUAGUGUCUGCCAAGCUAACUCUCCUUGGAGAGUAUGUCCGGAAGACAUUAGAAGGAUUGGAGAGAUAGGAGAACUGACUUAACUGUGGUUUACUUAAAUCAGAGAGAAUGGGGUGACCAAGAGUAAUAGAAACCAUAGUUUGUAAGGCUAAUUUCAAAUCAUGCUUUCAGAUCCUGGGUUGCAGCCAUUCCUUACUUGGGGUUCAGGUACCAAAAAGGACAGCAGUCUCAUGUCUGUUUGAUUCCCAUUUUAACGUUUUGAGUGAAAUAGUGGGGAAGCAAAGCCCAAAAUAUAUGGUGCUGCUUUUGGAGGGCUAGAAUCCUAUCUGGCUUCUUUCAUAGAGCCUCUUCCUAUUUCUUGUUACUGGAAGAGAAGAAUUGGACAUUCUAGAGUACAGGAGAAUGUGGACAUGUGAGAUACUCCUGUUCAGUAGACAUACAUUUUCUUGGUACUGAGUUUUCAAGCCUUUUAAGUCAUUGUGGGAAUAGUAGUUUGGGGAGGUGCUGAAGAUUUGAUAGAAAUGUCAAGGCUGCAUGGGAAAUUUGGAAAUUACAGAGGCUACAGCAGAAAUGGAGAGCCUGGCUGCUAAACCAGUUUGUUCACAGUAUAUAUAUAAAUCCACACCUGAAGAGGUAGAUCAUUUCGGGUGUAAGGAAACUGAAAUGGCCUCUUGGAUAAUGAAUGUACAGAGGGUCUGGACUUUGCUGGUUGAGGGAAAAGGGGGAAAGCCCAGAAUUUGUUUCUGAGCUGGAGGGGAUGAUCCAUCCUUUCUUGCAGCAAACAGAAACCCUGGAGUGGAUAAUCAUUCGCAUGUGGGAUGGAAUGGCUCCAUGUGCUUCCAACCCUGCACUCCACCCCACUCCCAUCCCACUUUUCAUGGCAUACUGGUGGAGUCUGAAGUAGGAAACUCCUCCCGUUUUGAACUUGGACUAAGGGAGCAGCCUUCCUUUCUUGCAUAUACGAUCAUGGCAGAGGAAAAAUCCCCUGGGGAAAGAAAUGAGCUGAAUUCUCUCCCAGAUGCUCCCUCCACCCCAUUGGAGGCAGGGGUUAACAAAUGCGCCAUAUUGAAAUGUACGGAACUGAUUAAAAGUCUCCAACAAUG